AUGGCUGAGAAGCGUGAACACCAAGAGUCCAUCCCCAUGACCGGGGAAAAGGUCGAGACCUCCCCCAUGGACCUGUUGACCGACCACGAGAAGGAACUCCUCGAGCUCGAAGCCCGUCUCAACGCCGAGCUCGAUGCCAAGUUGAUGGCCAAUCCCAACAAGAUGCCCAAGGCUUGUUACUUCAUCUUGCCCAACGAGUUUGGUGAGCGUUUCUGUUACUAUGGUGUCCAGCCCAACUUGAACAAGUACUUCCAGCUCAUCACUGGAAUGAAUCCCACCAGCGCCAAGGUCUACUCGACCGCGUUCACCAUGUUGGCCUACUUCUUCCCCUUGAUCGGUGCCGCCCUUUCUGACUCCUUCCUCGGAAAAUGGUGGACCAUCAUCUCCUUCUCGACUGUCUACUUGAUCGGUAUGAUCAUGGUCACCGUUUUCGCCAUCCCCAACUUGAUCGGACCUAUCGGCCAGGUCUCCAACCUCUUGACCUUCCUCCCCAUGCUUGUCAUUGCCAUCGGUACUGGUGGUAUCAAGCCCUGCGUUUCCUCCCACGGUGGUGAUCAGUACCUUCCCUCCCAAGAAGCCGGAAAGGAUCUGUUCUUCAAUAUCUUCUACGUCUCCAUCAACGUCGGUGCCCUCUUGACCCAGUUCAUCGUCCCUAAAAUGACCGAACUCCACUGCUAUGGCCAAGAUACCUGCUACGCCGGCGCUUUCUUGCUCCCGACCGUCGUCUUUGCCUGCGCCUUUGCCAUCUUCUGUGCCGGCCACAAGUUCUACCGUAUCGUCCCCCCACUGGGCGAGUUCUUGCCCCUCAAGGCUAUCCAGGCUUCCAUCCUUGCCGCUCGUCGUCACCGCGCCGCCAGCCCUCAGGAGCGUACUGCUAAGGGCCACUGGCUCAACUUUGCCGAGGCCGAGUACGGCGGUGUCUUCCUUGAGGAGGUCCGCGAUUUCGGUCUUGUCCUCGUCCCCGUUGUCAUUCCCUUCGCCUUCUGCUGGAUGUUGUACAACCAGAACUCGAACGAGUGGGCCAACCAGUACUACCUCAUGUCCGGUGCCAUCUUUGGCGGCAAGGACGAGACAUCCUCGUACGUCCAAGGAGCCAUGUUCGGCAACGUUAACACUAUCCUUAUUAUUCUCUGGGUUCCUUUCUUGGCCACCUUUGUCUACCCCUUCUGCACCAAGCGCGGGUGGAACUUUUCCCCCCAGCGCCGCAUGGGUCUUGGUUUCUUGGUCGUCGUGAUCUCCUUUGCUGUCUCUGCUGCCCUUGCCCCUUCCGUCGAGAAGGCUUAUCUCGACUCUGGCCGUCUCAUAAAGGAUGCUGCCAAGUACGACGGCAAGUACUGUGAGAAGUGCUACUCUGCCUGGUGGCAGUUACCUCAAUGGAUUCUUCUCUCCCUCGGCGAGGCCCUCUUCUCCCCCACCGGUGUCCAGUUCACCUACAUUGAAGCCGGUCGCCAGUUCCGCGCUGUUUCCACCUCCUUCUGGUUGUUGGCCACCUCGUUCGGUUCGAUCUUGAUCAUGAUCUUUGAGCCCGUCUUUGCUGGUCAUGACCUGUCGAGCGGUAACAAGGGCUGGGCUUACUCCGGUAUUGGUCUAUUCGGGUUCUUGUUGUACUGCGUGACCUCCUACUACUAUGUGCCCCGCAAGAUCCGUCCUUCGAUCAACGAGGCUGCUCGCUUGGCCAAGCAGGCCGAGUAUGCCAUUACCUCGUACUAA